UGCUGCUGGGUCUAGCGGUGGCGGUACAGCCAUGCCGAACCUGCGUGCCCCUCAGGUGGAGAUAGUGGACCUUCGUGAGGACUUCGUGGAAUUCGUGUUGUCCAAUACGGACACUUCGGUUGCCAAUGCCUUGAGACGAGUCAUGAUCGCCGAGGUGCCGACGAUGGCGAUCGACCUGGUGACUAUCCACGACAACUCUAGCGUCCUCCAAGACGAGUUCCUAUCCCACCGCCUCGGGCUCAUCCCCCUCGCGGCAGACCCGGGGGUGCAGUACGAGUACAACUACGACUGCGAUUGCGAAGACUACUGCGAUAAGUGCUCGGCUGUGUUCACGCUGGACGUGUCGUGGGACAAGAAGGCCUUGGGGAGGCCGGAGCACAUGCAGGACCAACCUGUGCACGUUACUUCGGCGGACCUCGUCAGCUCGGACCCUCGAUUGCGGGCGGUGCACUUCGCCCCCUCGGACCAGACCAACAGCGACAUCUCCCAGGACGCAGGGAUCAUCAUCGCAAAGCUCGCCAAAGGGCAGCGCAUGCAGCUGACGGCGGUGGCGAAGAAGGGCAUCGCGAAGGAGCACGCCAAGUGGUCCCCCGUGGCGGUGGCCACCUACAAGUUCGAGCCCGUCAUAGAGAUCAACGAGGAGAAGGAGGCGCUGCUCACGCCGGAGCAGAAGGCGGAGUUCGUAGAGAUUUGCCCGGCGAAGGUGUACGGGCGCGAUGAGAAGAGCGGCACGAUCUUCGUCGAGCACAGAGAUAUGUGCAUGUGGAGACGAACGGGUCGAUAUCUGCGGAGGAGGUGGUGGUCACGGCUCUUAAGGUGAUUUCCGAGAAGCUGCUGAACCUGAGAAAUGACCUCAUGCGAAUGGGCGACGAUCAGCCUUGGAAAGGGGAGUGAGGAUGUUGGCUUGCCGCCGCAUUCCGCCAGAAAGAGGCGGUGCUUGUCAAAUCGUAGAGUCUACGGAGGGCUGUUCGGCAGGAUGAUGUGCCAUGAACCGCGACCGCUAUAAUCUUCAGCCGAAACACUGCUGGCUGGACUCAAUUCUUCCUUCGUUUUGGCGGCAAGUUAUUGUCGAUUUUGUGUGAGUUCAAAGACAAGCAAGGUACCGGUAGACGGUAACAACAGCAGCAGUAACUUUUUGACGGCAACAGUGACGUGUUGUGAUCGAUCAACGCGUCAUAACCGUUGGCACGUGUAUGAUAGUAUCGCGUCACUACUGCUGUAGGUGAAGGGCCUUGCCAGCGACAACCACGUGGUGGCUGCAUGUUGCUCGCGGUGUUCCGAGAGAAACAGAGAAAGA